AUGAUUAUUAGUGUUACCCAACAUCCACGUGUUAAAUCGAAGAAUUUGAGCCCUGUGCCACUGAUGACCCCAUUUGCUACUCUUGAUCUGUUUGGAUGAUGAAUCUGCAACCACCAAAUUGCAUAUUCUGAGGCACAGCACGUUGUUUGCAUUACCUGUUAAGAUGGCCUACUCUUUGAAUGCCAAUAUCUGAACCUGUUGCCAUGUAGGUUAAACUCCCUGCAUGAAGAUCAUGGGACCUUUCCAUUUUCAGGAGCCAAUGGAAAUGUCAUGUGACUGAAACUUUGACAAAAGAACUGAAGUUUCUGACCUCGUGCUAUGAUGGGAUCCUGGAGGCUCAAGUCUAGUUUGGCUGUUAAUCUAGGACCCAGUAGAUGCAGAACAGGGUUCUGGCGUGGCAAGAAGGAUGACUGAAGCGCAGUGGGUACUGGCAUGAAGGAUUGGAACUCACAUAGAGCUGUCCCUGUCAGGUGGCCAGUGAAUUUACAACUGCCAGUGUAGCUAAGAACAAGAAAUGAUGACGGAUAUCAAGCGAUGCAGUGGGAGACGUCCAUGAUUUCAGACCACAUUUUAUACUGCGAGUUUACUGUUUUCCGCUAUGAAUAAAAUGUGUGAAUUAUCCCUGUCUUGAAUUUAAUGUGUUUAGGUAACUAUUGGUCACUAUGUCAUGGUAGUAGGUAAGAUAGUGUUUUAUUAGAUGGCUUCGUGAUUUUAAAUCAUAUUCAAAUUGUGGAAUCAUUUGAUUCAACAACUGCAACUUUGGAGGAGGACAAAUAUAUAUUCGAUUUAGUUAACUAAUAACUUUAAUGCCACAAAGAUUGGAUAAACACUUUAAACUUAGUUAUACUUUUAAGGAGAGUACAGCCAGGUAAAAAUGAAUGUCAAAUUUGUGCUAAUGUCUUCCAAGUAAUGCUGUUUUAGGGGUGGCGUCUUGGAAAUUGUAGAAAUAACUUGGGCAGUAGCUAGGCAAGUUAACGGUUUGAAGCGUUGCUCUAAUGCUACACAUGGUGUAUAUUUUUUUUGGGGGGGGGGUGGCAUUGUACUAUGAGGGGCUGCAUUCUUCCAGGUAGUGAUCAAAUACUUAUGGUUUUGAUGUGACUAUAUUUUACACAAUGUUAAAAGGCAUUAAAUAAAAUAGUUGUAUAUUUUCUGAAGAUUAAUUAUAGUAGAUUCUAUUUUAAAGGGAUCUUAAUCUGAGAAACAUGAGUAGUUGCCUGUACAAUGUUUCAGACUUCUACCCUAAUUUAAAAUCUAUUUGUAACUGGUGCUCUGCAGCUCGUUAAAUUACUUUGACCCAGUGUCACAACUGAUAGCUGCUAUUAAUUGUUACAUACUCUGGUAUAGCCUUGGAUGUAAUAACUGGACACGCUGGUAAACUGAAGUAAGCUAGCCGUGCUACUUCAUGCUGGUUGUGUUAAACCCAGCUAAAGCUUUGUCGUUACUGGUAUGUUUGAAAUCUGUGACCAUUACUUUGGUGAUUGAUUCGAUGGGUAGUCAUGGAUACAACAAAGUACUGAUUACACAGCCAACGACAUAUCCCCCACCAUGCAAUUUCUCCAAAUGCUUAUAUUACAUACCUUUCAACGUCUGGAAACUGGGGAAAAAUGUUCCUCGCUUCUGGACAGUACUACAGCCGAUUGCUGCUCAUAGCCUCAUCGUUGUCUUCGUAAUUGCAGUAGUUAGCUGUCUUUGAUAAACGCAUGACAUUCCAACGUUACAAUUUCAUAUUCAAGCGGGAAAUAAGCUUUGCAUAAUGAUUCGUUUUUUAUAUUGCUUCCCUCCUAAACAAAACCACAAAACAUCUGGCAGUAAACAAGGUAUUCAGUGAUAUUUCAUUACCGUGAAAAGUUGUUUCACAGGACUAGUAGCGGUAAAACGUUCAAAGACAUCGAUUUCUAGCUAUUUAUACCAAGUACGUGUUAUUUUUUUUGUGAUUUGUAAAUUAGCUAGCCAGCUAGAUAUCUUGAGACACUACCGCUAAAAGGAUUAAGACCAUUUGUGCCUUACUGAAUAUGCAUGACGUACAUUAGGAUAACUAUCUAGUGUACUCGUCCUAAACAAAGUAAUCUCUAUAAACGAUUCGGUAAAUCAAGUCUACAAAACUUAUUGCACUCUGUUAUGGAUUAUAGUUUAGGAAACAGAACUGUAUGGAGAUCAAAUGCUUCUUUGAGAACAUUAGCAGAAUGUCGGCCAAAAUCCGUCUAGCUCCAUCUUCUCCCACUGCCGGCCACGGGGCUUCCUCUCACUACCAUAUUUGGUAGUGAGGGAACGCCAACAGGAUGCUUCACAUUUAUACAUCCGUUGAAAUAUAUUUUUUUUCAUACAUUUAUUAUUGAAUAUGCACAGAACGUUAUAAACACGUGGUUGGUUUCACAAACGGAAUUAAAAGAUCUCAAAUGUUUCCAUAUGCACAAAGCUUUUCUCAUUUGGUGCACAUUUGUUUAUCUCUCUUAGUGAGCAUUUCUCCUUGGCCAGAGAAUCCAUCCAGCUGAUGGGUGUGUUAUGUCAAAAAGCUGAUUUAAACGGCAUGAUCAUUACACAGGUGCACCUUGUUCUUGGGACAAAAGGCCACUGAAAAAUGUGUAGUUUUGUCACAGCACAAUACCACGUGUCUCAAGUUGAGGGAGAGUGCAAUUGGCAUGCUGACUGCAGGAAUGCCCACCGAGCUGUUGCCAGAUAAAUGUAAUGUUAAUUUCUCUAACAUAAACUGCUUCCAAAGUCGUUCUAUAGAAUUUGUCAGUACAGCCAAUUGGUCUCACCACCGCAGACGACAUGUGGGCCAGCGGUUUGCAGAUAACUUAAAGUGCCCCGCGGUGGGGGUAUGGGCAGGCAUAAACUAUGAACGCAAUUGCAUUUGAUCGAUGGCAAUUUGAUUGGACAGAUACCGUGACGAGUUCGAUGCCUUAUCUAUCUAUAUAUAUAUAUGAAUCUGACCAACAGGUGCAUAUGUGUUUUCCCAGUCAUGUGAAAUCAAUAGAUCAGAACAUAAUGCAUUUCAAUUUACUUUCCUAAUAUUAACUCAGUAAAAUCUUUGAAAUUGUUUAUAUUUUUGGUUCAGUAUAACUUAAAUGCUCCAUGAGCUUCAACUGUCCUACCCCAUCAGAAACUCAAUAUUCUUGGGUUAGUCAUUUGUACAUGUAAAUAAUUGUCUCAAAGGUUAACACUAUAAUUUUUAUCAUGGAUGGUCUAUCCUUGCAUGGCUCAGUCUAUGAAUUUGAGUGUUUAUAUUUUUACAGCCCCAUCCCUCAAUUUAAUUAAACUGUUGCGGGGAAUGCCUUGUCAACUGCCCAUUGGUAAUAUGUAUCUAUUCUAUUGCUUCAAUAAUCUGACCCUAAUUGAGUUAUCAAAUGUAUGGGAGGGCUGUGAACAUGCAUAGUAUAUAUUAACACUUGAUGGUACUUAUACAACAAAUAUAAACAUGCAUUGCUGUACUGUCUUUGAAUCGUACAAUUGUUUUGGACUGACUGGAGCGUGCAUGGCUUUUAUCAGGGUGAAUCCUCGUGACUCACAAUUUGUAAGGAUAUGACGUCGCAAUCUGGAGAGCGUUUCCUGUGUUUUACCAUGAAUACAUUUUCAGGACUGUCUGCUUGCAUCGUAGGCCGGUGGAGAGGUUUGAAUAGGUAGAAUCGAAGAUCUCCGCUUUCUGAUUAACGCAAAUAUUCGACAUCACUAAUGUUCGUCUACCAACUGUUGCCCUUCCUUUGGGCUGUGUCUGCAAAUGCAGAUUUCUUUCAAUUUGACACUAUUUCAAAUGCAUCUACGUAUUAUUUCAAUUAUAUUUAUUGUAAUCUAUGGGAAGGGGAGUGUCAACCUAAUCAAGAUGAUACUACUCAGCAAGUACCUACGAGGGACCUGUGGGCAGGAUUUCCUCAGGACUACAUCCGUUUGCUGUCACAAUGGUAUUGCAGCCUGGGACAGUGCUGUGAAUCAGGGGAUUGUCGGAUAACAAAUAAUAUUACAGGUUUGGCCAGUGAUCUACAGCUAAAGCUUCAUGGGCAGCACCUUGCCCAAUCAGUGGUUUUGAAGGCUGUGCAGGGCUUCAUCAGUAACCCUGAAUCAAAUAAGCCAUUGACCCUCUCCUUUCAUGGCUGGUCUGGCACCGGCAAGAAUUUUGUGGCCCGGAUUGUAGCUGACAACAUGUACCGGGAUGGAGUGAAGAGCGAGUGUGUGCGUCUUUUCAUCGCCCCAUUCCACUUCCCCCAUGCCAGACUGGUGGACAUGUACAAGGGCCAGCUCAGAGAAGCUAUCCGGGACAUGGUGCUUCGUUGCCCACAGACACUUUUCAUCUUUGAUGAGGCUGAGAAACUGCAUCCGGGCCUUAUAGAUGCCAUCAAGCCCUAUAUGGACCAUUAUGACAAUGUGGAUGGGGUCAGCUACAGGAGAGCUGUCUUCUUAUUCCUCAGUAAUAUUGGUGGGACAACCAUCAACGAUGUGGCUUUGGACUUUUGGCACUCAGGGCAGAACAGAGAGGACAUUGGGAUGGAGGACUUGGAGCACCGGCUUCGUGCUGAAGCUAUGGAAUCUCAAGGAGGCUUUGCACAGAGUGAGCUGAUGUCAGGCCAUCUUAUUGACUUCUUUGUGCCCUUCCUACCUCUGGAGUACCGUCAUGUCAAGCUCUGUGCCCGUGAUGCCUAUGCAGCGCGGGGUCUGGAACCAGACGAGGGAACGCUGGACGAAGUGGCAAAGGCCAUGCUAUAUGUACCCAAGGAGGAGAGGCUGUUCUCUGCCCAAGGCUGCAAAUCCAUACCACAGAGGAUCAAUUUCUUCCUCCCCUAAACAGACUAAUGCAACCCAGAAAACACACAGUAUUUUAGCAAAAAGGAAUAAGUAUGGUGACAUAUUGAACAUUGUUGCAGUGUGGUGUUCCCACGCCUCACCCUACACUGCCAAGAAAGCAAGCAUAGGGCAUCUGUCUCUUGUAAGAUUAUAUCUGAUAACCAAAUAAGAGAUUUUACUAGUGUUCAUUUUCAACUUUGAUUUUUCCCUGCUCAUUAGACUACUUUUAUGCACUGAUUUUUAGUUCAAGCUCAGGUCAACUCUGUAGUAUUAGUAUUUGCAUGUAUAUAUUUAUAGUGCGUUCGGAAAGUAUUCAUAACCCCUUGAGUUUUUCCACAUUUUGUUACAGCCUUAUUCUAAAAUGGAUUAAAUUGUCCCCCCACACAUUAAUCUACACACAGUACACCAUAAUGACAAAGCAAAAUAUUUUUAUUUUAGCAAAAAAAUAAACUGAAAUUACAUUUACGAAAGUAUUCAGACCCUUUACUCAGUACUUUGUUGAAGCACCUUUGGCAGCGAUUACAGCCUCGAGUCUUCUUGGGUAUGAUGCUACAAGGUUAGCACACCUGUUUUUGGGGAGUUUCUCCCAUUCUUCUCUGCAGAUCCUUUCAAGCUCUGUCAGGUUGGAUGGGGAGCGUCGCUGCACAGCUAUUUUCAGGUCUCCAGAGAUGUUCGAUCGGGUUCUAGUCCAGGCUCUGGCUUUUUCAGAGACUUUUCCCGAAGCCACUCCUGCGUUGUGUUGGCUGUGUGCUUAGUGUUGUUGUCCUGUUGAAAGGUGAACCUUUGACCCAGUCUAAGGUUCUUAGUGCUCUGGAGCAGGUUUUCAUCAAGGAUCUCUCUGUACUUUGCUACGUUCAUCUUUCCCCUUGAUCCUUACUAGUCUCCCAGUCCCUGCCACUGGAAAAACAUCCCCACAGCAUGAUGCUGCCACCACCAUGCUUCACCGUAGGGACGGUGUCAGGUUUCCUCCAGAUGUGACGCUUGGCAUUCAGGCCAAAGAGUUCAAUCUUAGUUUUAUCCGACCAGAGAAUCUUGUUUCUCAUGGUCUGAGAGUCCUUUAGGUUCUUUGGGCAAACUCCAAGCGGGCUGUCAUGUGCCUUUUAUUGAUGAGUGGCUUCUGUCUGGCAAGUCUACCAUAAAGGCCUGAUUGUUGGAGUGCUGCAGAGAUGGUUGUCCUUCUGGAAGGUACUCCCAUCUCCACAGAGAAACUCUGGAGCGCUGUCAGAGUGACCAGCGGGUUCUUGGUCACCUCCCUGACCAAGGCCCUUCUCCCCGAUUGCUCAGUUUGGCCCGGGCGGUCAGUUCUAGAAAGAGUCUUGGUGGUUCCAAACAUCUUCCAUUUAAGAAUGAUGGAGACCACUGUGUUCUUGUGGACCUUCAAUACUGCAGACAUUUUUUUGGUAUCCUUCCCCAGAUCUGUGCCUAUACACAAUCCUCGGAGCUCUAUGGACAAUUCCUUCGACCUCAUGGCCUGGUUUUUGCUUUGACAUGCACUGUCAACUGUGGGACCCGAUAUAGAAAGGUGUGUGCCUGUCCAAAUCAUGUCCAAUCAAUUGAAAUUACCACAGGUGGACUCAAAGUUGUAGAAACAGCUCAAGGAUGAACAAUGGAAACAGAUUGCACCUGAGCUCAAUUUUGAGUCUCAUAGCAAAGGUUCUGAGUACUUAUGUAAAUCCAUUUCUUUUUAAAUUACAUUUUAUGUCUAUAUAUACAUUUGCAAACAUUUCUAAAAACUGUUUGCCCUUUGUUAUUAUGGGGUAUUGUGUGUAGAUUGAUGAGGAAGAAAAAUAAUUGUUUUAAUUUUAGAAUAAGGCUGUAACGUAACAAAAUGUGGAAAAAGGGAAGGGGUCUGAAUACUUUCCGAAUUCACUGUAUGUUUAGUUGGCACUGAGGAUAUAUUACAACUAUCUGCUUAAGCAGUGGCUGGCACUUCCAAUGCAAAGGAGGAAAUACUGUAUAUUACAGUAAACUAGAUCAAAUAUAAUUUCAUAAUUUUUUUUAUGGGCAUUUUUAAUAUUAUUAUUAUUCUGGAAUUGUUUAUAGAUUACUUGUUUUACAGGUGGACUAAAUAUUUCCAGGUUUUAUUUUAUUAAUUUUAAUUUUAUUUAACCAGGUAGGCCAGUUGAGAACAUGUUCUCAUUUACAACUGCGACCUGGCCAAGAUAAAGCAUAGCAGUGCGACCAAAAACAACACGGAGUUACACAUAAACAAAUGUACAGUCAAUAACACAAAGGGAAAGAAAAAUAGAUUUAUGUACAGUGUGUGCAAAUGUAGAAAAUAUAUACGAAGAAAGAAACGAUAUAUACAAGGGACGGGACAAUCAAAACAUCCCACUGCUACUCCAUUACAAACAGUAUGACAUCUUUUUAAAUCAUUUGGAACCUACUGAAUAACUACAAUUCAGGUUAGAAGAAAGUAGUAUAAGUGUGCAAUAAUACAGGCAGGCACUUAUGUUGUUGAAAUGUUUAUUGAACUAAAUGGUCUUGGAGUUUGGAGUAUUACAAAAAAAAAAAUCCCCUACAAUUGUUUUUAUCUUGAAUUAUUGAAUGUUGCAUUUACUUAAGUUUAGUAUUCCAACAAUGCUUUAAUAUGUUUUUAUGUCCAAUGGAAUGUGUUAUAAAAAUAGCCCGUAGUGAAGAUUGAAAUUAGUAUGUAAGUAUGUAUACUGAAUAUAAAUGUAACAUGGAACAAUUUUAACAAUUUUACUGAGUAGCAGUUCAUUUUAGGAAAUCAGUCAAUUGAAAUUAGUUCAUUAGGCCCUAAUCUAUGAAUUUCACAUGACUGGGCAGGGGAGCAGCCAUAGGCCCACCCACUUGGAAGCCAGGCCCACUCACUGGGGAGCCAGGCCUAGCCAAUAAUAAUUUGUUUUUCCCGCAAAAGGGCUUUAUUACAGGCAUAAAUAAUCCUCAAUUUCAUCAGCUGUCCUGGUGGCUGGUCUCAGAUGAACCCGCAGGUGAAGAAGCCAGGUGUGGAGGUCCUGGGCUGCCGUGUUUACACUUGAUCUGUGGUUGUAAAGGCCAGUUGGACGUAAUACCAAAUACUAUUAUGGUAGAGAAAUGAACAUUCAAUUCUCUGGCAACAGCUCUGGUUGACAUUCAUGCAGUAAUCAUGCCAAUUGCACGCUCCCUUAAAACUUGACACAUCUGUGGCAUUGUAUUGUGUGACAAAACUGCACAUUUUAGAGUGGCCUUUUAAUGUCCCAGCACAAGGUUUAAUCAGCUUCUUGAUAUGCCACACCUGUCAGGUGGAUGGAUUGUCUUGGCAAAGGAGAAAUGCUCACUAAAAGGGAUGUAAACAAAUUUGACAGAAAUAAGUAUUUUGGGCAUAUGGAACAUUUCGAGGAUCUUUUAUUUCAGGUCAUGAAACAUGGGACCAACACUUUAAAUGUUGCGUUUAUAUUUUCGUUCAGUAUACAUAUCAGCAAGUCUUUAUAAAUGUUUGAUUGUCUGUACUUUGCUGUGUUAUGACAUCUGUCUGUUUUCCAUCAAUGUAAAAAUGUAUUAUUAGCAUAUUCACUGCACAGCUGUUGUUUCAUAAGGAACUGUGAGGCUGCAUUCUGAAUAUAUUCUGCCUAUGAUAUGCUUAUAAUAUUUUGCCCGUCUCCAUACUUUUUUGCUGUUUAAUGACCCCUGUCCAUGUCAUUGUGUGUAAUAACAAAGGUAUUAUGGUCAGUGUCCUAGUGUCACUCAGACCAGGCAAUCAGGGAAGUGGCUGCUGAAGAGAGGGAUGUGUGCUUUCCCAGAGGAAUGGAAUUGAAGUUAUUUUAGACAAAUAAAACAUCCUUGUUAAA